AUGGUGAAAUGUUUCAUUGUUCUAGGAUAUAAAAAAGCACCAAAACUACAGAUUGUGAGAGAAUAUGCGUUACAAAACAACAUAAGAAUCCAUAAGUGGCCUUUAGACAAAGAAAAAUUUGAUAUUUUCUAUAAAUUUGAUCUUGGUAUUGUCGUCUCAUUUGGUUAUUUUAUACCAGCAGAGAUAAUAAAUAAUUUUCCAUGCGGUGCAAUAAAUGUUCAUCCUUCAUUACUACCAAGAUGGCGAGGUCCGUCUCCCAUUGCACAUACCAUCCUCCAGGGUGACACUGAAACUGGCGUCUCCGUUAUCGAACUGUCUCCAAAAAAAUUUGACGCUGGAAAAAUACUGACUCAGGAGAAGAUUCAGAUUUCUCCGCACCAAACAUACGAAGAUUUAAAGGAAGAACUUUCAGAACUCGCUUCGAACACGUUGUUGGAUGUUUUAAUGAAUUUAACAGCGCUGCGACGUUCUGCUGUUGCUCAAGAUAAAACUAAAGUCACCCAAGCACCAAAAUUGUCAAAAACGAUCGGCUACAUACGAUGGAGCGAGCAUACUUGUGAAGAUAUUCUACGGCUUCAUAAAGCUAUUGGCAACAGAUUUGGUUUAAAAUGUAAGUGGAAAGGAAAAAUUGUAAAGUUAGAAACAUUCACUGGCUGUGAGGAUGAUAAAGAAUUGACAAGGACGCAAGUCAAUGCAGAUUUUGGACAAUUUUUUUAUGAUUCCGAUAACAAUGUUCUUUAUAUAAAAUGCAAGGAUGGCUGGAUUGGUUGCUUGUCGUUACGUCUUGAAUAUAGAAAAUCGAUGUCAGCAAAAGAGUUUGUCAAUGGUUAUGUCGUCCAUAAACAAACAGGAGAGAUUAACUUCAGUCGUUUUGAAGACAUGAUUAAUGAUAGUAAUGAAUAAUCUAGUUGCUGAUAUCAAUAAUGUACUUUGAUUGAAAUUUUUAAAGUCUGAUUUUUUUGGUAAAUAAAUUUUUUUCAUAAUGCA